AUAGUCGUAUAACGUAUAGAACAAUUCCAUCGUGGACUGAUCAUUCUCUGGCACAUUUCAUUUUAUUCUGCAUGAUUUCUUAAUCAACCGAGAAAUCGAAUAUAUAAUUUUAAGAUAUACGACACAAUAAGAAGAGAAGAAAUUAGGAACAGCACGACAUUCGUGCUUUGAUGAAUAGUUUCGGACGUGAGACGUUAAUGUAUAAUUGAAUAUUGUCGUUAACAGCACUGUUAUUUAGAUGAAAUAUUUCAUAUGUUUUAAUGUACUACAGUGAUCCUUUUACUUUUAUGACUUGAUAUCAGUAUACUUUUCGGUAAUAUCAUAUUUUACAUAUCUCAUUGACAUAAUGGCAGACUAUUGUAAUAUACGCGCACCACAAUGGAUAGAUUUUACUCAAAACUGCAGUCCUGUACAGAUACAGGAUUUCUUUGAAAAGGAGCAUACAGUACAUGAACGUAUAGAAGAAUCCUGUAACUCUACUGUUGAAAAUAUGGAAAAUGCUCAACAUACAUCUCAGGUAGACGUCUUAUGUGUUAAUGCAAAGGCGCAAGCAGACUUGGAUAUUAUAAGAAGUACUCCUGUCAAAGUGAUUUCUCCAAAAUAUCGUAAUAAUAAGGAGACAGCAAUAGCAGAAGUAACUUACGAUCAGGUGUUCAACGAUGCAAUGAGAAAACUGGAGCUCUGCAAAAAGAUGCCUAAAACUCGAGAUGUACUAAAUAAAUCCAUCCAAGAGCCUAAAAUUUUCAAGACUCCAAGCAUGCCUAAAAUUACUAAAUCGUCCAGAUCUGUUGGAUGUGUAUUGAACAAAAACAAUCAAUCUAAUCAAGAUUCUGCAGGAAGACCUACAAAAAUUAAUAAAACAUCAAGUAAUUAUAUGAAGAAGAUGUUGGUUAAACAAUCCCUGUUUGAGCAAGAUAAAGAUUCUGCAGAGAACGAUACUUUCAAGACAUCCAAUCCAGUAGAUGAUUCUACAAAUAAGAAGGCUAAACAAUGUCAUGAGGAAGACAAUGAAGAAUGUAAGGAAGAAGAUAAUAAUAAAGAACAUAACGAAAAAGAUAAUAAGGAACAUAACGAAAAAGAUAAUACUAAGGAACAUAACAAAGAAGAUAAUAAGAAACAUAACGAAGAAGAUAAUAAGAAGUUGCAAGAUGGACAAGUAGUAUCCACUAACGACAAUGAAGAAGACAAGAAAGCAGGGAACAGUCAGGACGAUGUAGAUGCGAAAGGUAAUCGAAUGCAGUCUAUUAAGCAAGUCGCAGUUCUCACCUGGCAAAAUCAUAGACGAAGCAUGCACAAACGUAAAACGUCGGUCAACAAGCAAUACAUCGGAUUAGCGGAAGCGGUGUCGCGCUUCCAAAACGAGACACCCAAGCGCUUUCGCACCAAAAGCAACAAGGACAAUACAAUUAGCCCAUCCUUUUACGUGUCCAAAUUGACGCAAAACCGUUUAAAACCGACAAUACCAAUCUCGCCAGCGCUUGUAUCGAAGAAUAGGACUCGUCCUGUUACUGUGUUGAGUCAGGAGGAACGCGAAAAACUGGAAAUGGAGGAAAUGAAAAAGCAUCGAAUAAAGGCUAAUCCGAUACCGUCUAAUGUAUUGCGAGGUCCGCGUGCGACGACGAAAGUUAACGGCGCCGCGAGGAAGCCGAUGGUAAUUGCAAAUACCUCUUCCGCAAUACAGCCUGACGAAAAGACCAAAAGCUCAUUUCAGUCCAAAAGUGAUAAGGCGCCGUCCGGUCUGAAGAACACGAUUACGAAUGUGGUGGUAACCGAUUCCGAGGGCAUCAUCGUACAACACGAAGAAAUGGCGUUUUUUGGUGUACCCAAGAAUACCACGAAGAAUGUUACGCGUAUCGUGCCGUUUAGUUUUGAGGCGCGCAACAAGGAUAUGCAAAUGAAGAAGGAACAGCGAUUGAAGAAUUUGCAGGAGGCCAGCAAAACCAAGGCGGAGUUUCAUGCUAGGCCGGCGCCGAAUUUUUCGAAGUCGUCGACGUCGUCGAGUUCCACGAAGCCGUCGACGCCGUCGGCCAAGCAGCAACAGAACGCGAAAAAGCUGGUCCUGCCGUCUUCGUUCAGUUUCAAAGAACGAGAUAGAAAAUUGUCGGAGAAGAAGGAGCAGUUGGUGAAGCAGGUACUCGAGGAAAGCAAGCGGUCGCGCGUGUUUCGCGCGAAUCCCGCACCGGUUUUCAAACCCGUGAUGGUACGCGGUACAUCCAAGGAGCAUCUUUCUGUAAAAAACAAGAGCAUGAAAACAGAAAGCGAGCAUAACGCGGAAUACAAGUGCGAGAAUCAAGAAAAUAAGGAACCGAAUGGGAUUGAUUCUUACAUAACAGAAGGCGAAAAUAUGCAGACGACGGAAAAGAGCUCUGCUUGCAACGAUGAUAAGCAAAAAGUACCAUUGAAAGCCCUUCCACUGGAAUUGAACACUGAUAAACGGGCAAAAGAACGACGCGCAUUUGACGAGAAGCUGAAGCGGAAGGAAAUGGAGGAGGAAACGAAGCGUCAGGAACAAGAGAGGAAGCAAAUGGAGCACGAAAAACAGUUAAAGGCGGAGCUGCGUAAACUGGCGGAAAUCAAGGCCAGACCAAUGCCGAAAUAUAAACUGCCGAUUAUCGCUAAAGCGACGAAACAGCUGACCAAUCCGCAGAGUCCUGCGUUUGCAAGUAAACUCAGAUCUAAACAGGUAUAAAAACAUGAUAUUAAUUAUAAUAUUUUUUCCCCUUUCAAAUUCACAUAUGAUAUUUUACUCACUGUGUAUAUUUAUACAAAGGAUAAAAAAUUACAACGCAAAUGUAGUAUUAUAAAGAGUAUAAAUAAAAUUGUACUUUAGGUUUUUA